UUUGUACAAAUUGAAUAUUCCAUUAAAAUGGACUCUAGCAAUCUAUCAUUGGCUUAAUUUUAUGAAACUUUUGUAUCACAACUAGUAAUAAGACUGCUCCCUCAUAUGAUAUCUUUGGGAUAGAUUAUCAAGUUGAUCAUUGUGAACACCUUGAUGCACUUAUCUCCCUUGAACCCUUUGAACGAAAUGCAGCAAAAGUAAAAAAAAAGUUUCAUGAAUUGACCCCAUCAUCCACCCUAUAAGAAAGAUGAGAUCACCCCAAAGGAUGCUUCAGCAUUCAGGCGCCACAGACCAAUCAUACAAUUCUUACACCUUUAAGCCAAAUAGUAGUCAUAAUUCUUAACUAUGUUCUAAAUUGAGGGUGUAAGAAUGGCAUCUACUGGACAACCACAGUCAUCUUUGAAGAGACCUAAUCCUGCAGUUAAUAGAGAAGGAGAUAAACUGGUUAUUACUCCUUUAGGGGCUGGAAAUGAAGUGGGACGGUCCUGUGUUUUCAUGACUUUUAAAGGGAAAACAAUCAUGUUUGAUUGUGGCAUUCAUCCAGGUUACUCAGGCAUGUGUGCUUUACCCUAUUUUGAUGAAAUUGAUCCUUCAUCAAUUGAUGUUCUUCUUGUUGUCGAGGAGUUGGAGCGUAUUGGAAUUCAUAGAGAAGGCUGCUCAGGAUCUCGUUAUCUUUACGAUAGCAGGUAGCGCACUGGUCUACUAUCAAACGAGACCAAGUUUAGAUCAAGAAAUGGAAUAAAUGCACAAGUAUUAUGGACAAGAGUUGGACAAGCUACUAGAAAAAUUGCAACAACUAGUACGGGACCAAGAAGAGUAACAGGGAGACGCAGAAAGAGUUCAAGGAUCGGGUGACGAAUAGCAUAAUGUCACGGAUUUAGAUUUCAACUAAGACCUCCAUGCGGCACUUGACAACUUACUCACGAAUCUUUCAAGAUCUUGCAAGCUCAAGUAAGCCUUUAAGACUAGAUCGCUAAGGGAACGCUAGAUUGUAAGAAAGACAGGAGAGCUUUUUCUGAAGAAGGUUUUAUAUUACUUGAAAGAAUGCUUGAUUUCUCGA